AUGUAUGAUCAAAUUGAUAAAUUCAAAGAGUAUAUUAUUGAAAACCAAAUUAAUGAUAUUCGAAUAGAUACACCACAUUUUAUUGGUCUUUCACCUAUUGAAGCUUGUGCUUAUUAUGGAUCUGUGAACAUUUUCAAUUUCUUGAUUUCAAAUUUCGACAAAAAAAUAUCAGAUAAAUGUACACGAUUAUCAUUUAUUGGUGGAAAUAUUGAUAUAAUCAAUGAAUGUUUAAAAUUCUAUACAAAUUAUAGUAUAUUCUUGGGCGAUAUCAUUUCAUCCCACAAUGACGAAUUCCUUGAUUUUAUAUUUCAAAGAGAUUUAUUCGAUCCGAAUUAUAUUGGCUAUAAUGAUAUUAUUCAAUCCCAAAACUUGAAAGCAGUAUUUUACAUAUUCGAGAAAGAUAAGAAUUUCCUUAUUCCAUGGUGUGCUGCAUUCCCACAAACUAUUGAUAUCCUCCAAAGUAGAAAUCUUGAUUUAUCUAUUACUACAUCAAAUGGAUUUUCUCUGCUUCAUUUUGCUGCAUAUCAUAAUAAUGCUGAUUUAUGCAAAUAUAUAAUAAGUUCUAUCAAGGAAUAUCAAAAUAUUAACAAUAUAACAGACAAUAAUCAUCUAACUCCUCUUCAUCAUGCUGCAAAAAAUAAUUGCAGAGAAGCAGCAGGAGUUCUCAUUUUAAAUGGUGCAAAUAUCAAUGAAGGAGAUAAAUAUAGAGCAACUCCACUUCAUCAUGCUGUAGAAAAAAAUAAUAUUGAAAUCAUAGAAUUCCUUAUAUCUAAUGGUGCAAAUAUUAAUGCAAAAGAUAGAUAUGAGAAAACUGCUCUUUGUUAUGCAAUAGAACAUAAUCGAAUGAAAAUUAUAAAAUUUCUUUUAUCUAAUGGCGCAAAUUUUAAUGAAAAAGAUCAAAUUGGUCUAGUUGCAUUGCAUUACGCUGCAAUAAGAAAUUGUAGAGAUAUAGCUGAACUUCUUAUUUCACUUGGUGCUGAUAUAAAUUCAAAAGACCAAUAUGGGAAGCUGCCUCUUCAUUAUACUGCAAGAAAUAAAAAUUUGGACGCUUUUGAGCUUCUUUUUUCUUAUGGCAUAGAUCUCAAUGCAAAAGAUUACGAUGGGAAAACAAUUCUUCAUUAUGCAGCAAUUAAUAAUAAUGUUAAAUUAACAGAAUUUCUAAUAUCUCAUGGUGCUGAUUUAAAUAUCAAAGACUCUUUUAAACAAACAGCUUAUGAUUAUGCAUUAAUGUCUCAGAGUACUGCAGUAUCAAGUCUUCGUAAGCUAUAUUAUAAAGAACCUUCGCAAGAAAAAUGUUCAUCGUUAUGUUACAUUAUGUAA